CCUAGAGUUUCUUCAGCCAGCAACUGACAGCAGGAGGUGUGGGAGUGAGAGAGAUGAUGGGAAGACGCACACCCCGGCCCCUCAGGGAUGACUCACAGCCAAACACAGGAGAGUAUAGACCGCGCUCACCUUGCAGCACUGAUCCCAGAUAUGAGGCUCUGUUUCUGGGCUGGAGCUCCAUGUCUCCUGCUCAUCCUGGUUCUCCUGACUGACAGAGCGGAGCAGCAUCAGCUCAGAGAGAGACACUACUACAUCGCUGCUGUGGAGAUAGAGUGGGACUACUCUGGAAAUGACUCCCACAGGUCCGGGCCCACCUAUCAGAAAGUGGUUUUUCGUGAGUAUGAGAAAGACUUCAGACAGGCUAAGACUCAUCCCUCAUGGCUAGGUCUGCUCGGACCCACCCUGCGGGCGGAGGAGGGCGAGACGAUCGUGGUCACUUUCAGGAACAUGGCGAGAGGACCGCACAGUAUCCACCCACACGGCAUCGCUUACGGGAAACAGUCAGAGGGAGCUCACUACUUCGACAACACCUCCCAGAAAGAGAAAGAGGACGACGUCGUGGCGCCUAACUCUGAACACGUUUACUACUGGGAGGUGACGCCGGAGGUUUCUCCACAGCCCAGCGACCCCUCCUGUCUCACCUACACCUACAUCUCCCAUCAAAACGUGGUGGAGGACUACAACUCAGGCCUCAUCGGUACUUUACUCAUCUGCAAGCCCGGAAGUCUGGAUGAGUCAGGGAAGCAGGUCAGCUUCCACCAUGAGUACACGUUCCUCUUCGGGGUGUUUGAUGAGAAAGAGAGCAAGCACAAGGCAAACAGCUUCUCUGCAGAUAAUCACGUCAAAUACACCAUCAAUGGAUACACACUGGGAUCACUGCCUGAUGUUAGCAUGUGUGCUAACGCUCCUGUGAGCCUUCACCUCCUCGGUAUGAGCUCAGAGCCCGAGGUGUUCUCUGUGCACCUGAACGGACAGGUGCUGCAGCAGACCGGACACAAAGUGUCUUCAGUGGGUCUCAUCAGCGGCUCCUCCACCACCGCCAGCAUGAAGGCUCUGCACCCGGGCCGCUGGCUGCUCUCCUCGCACACCACCAAGCACAUGGAGGCUGGCAUGCACGGCUUUGUGGACGUGAAUAUGUGCGACGCCUUCAAACCACCGCGGCGGAGGCUGACCAUCAAUCAGAAACGGCACAGCAUGGAGUGGAAAUACUACAUCGCUGCAGAGGAAGUCAUCUGGGACUACGCGCCUGAAGUACACGACCAUGUUGAUGAGGACUUUAAGUUCAAGUACCUGAGACAGUCGCCGACACGCAUCGGGAAGUCGUACAAGAAGGCGGUGUACACGCUGUACAAGAACGAGUCCUUCACUGAAAAGUUGGAGUCCAAACAGAGGAAGGAUGAGCUCGGCAUCCUGGGCCCGGUCCUCAGAGCGCAAAUCAGAGACGUGAUCAAGAUUGUUUUCAAGAACAUGGCCUCCAGACCUUACAGCAUCUAUCCACACGGACUCUCAAUAGAAAAGUCUGAAGAAGGAUCCAACUACCCCCCAGGAGGUAACCACUCUCACGGAGUUCAGCCAGGUGAGACGCACACGUAUGUUUGGAGUGUCCUUGAGGAGGACGAGCCUUUGGUAGGAGACCAUCAAUGCCUGACGCGACUGUACCACAGCGCGGUGGACACACCUCGAGACAUCGCCUCGGGACUCAUCGGACCGAUCCUCAUCUGCAAGAGCCAGUCCCUCAACGUCAGGAAUGUGCAGCUGAAAGCAGACAAGGAGCAGCACGCCAUGUUAGCCGUGUUUGACGAGAACAAGAGCUGGUACCUGGAUCAGAACAUUCGCCAAAACUGUGACAGAACCAAAAUCAACAAGGCAGACCCGGAGUUCUAUAAGUCCAACGUCAUGCAUACGAUCAACGGAUACGUGUUUGAGAGCGGCCCCACGCUGGGAUUCUGCAACGGUGAAAUCACGACGUGGCAUGUGUUGAGCGCUGGAGCACAGGACUACAUCCAGACGGCCACUUUCUACGGGCAUCCGUUUGAGCUGAACGAGCGGACGGAGGACUUCCUCAGCCUGUACCCCAUGACCGGAGAGACCAUCUCCAUGAACAUGGACAACGUUGGUGUCUGGCUCCUGGCGACCCUGAACUCCCAUGAGACCAUGAAAGGAAUGCGCUCUAAGUUUCAGGACGUGGUCUGCAUCCGCGACUACCAGUACGAGUACAACGACUACGACGACGAGUCAAAGAAGUACACGGGGUUUACGGUGUGGAACCCGAAGAAUCUGACUGAGAUCAAGAAGGAAGAGGAAAAGGCAAAGAUUGAAAAGGAAACAAAGCCGGUGGAGACGGACGCCUACACGGACAUGUUCGCGGCAGAACUGAACCUCCGGUCUCUGAAGAACCAGUCUAAAACCUCAAGUGUGGAGCUGCUGGAUCUGUCUUUCCUGGACUAUGAUGCCGUUGAUGUGCCAGACGGAGACCCGAAUAGGAUUCUCAAGGUCAUUAAAAACAAGAUUAAAGGUGAUGCUGCCAAACCGAGCUCAAAUGCAAAAAGUGAGGCCGGGUUGUCGAAAUGGAAAGAGGUGGAUGCACGAAAUCUUACGGCGUUGAACCAAAGCACGAGUGAGAACAGUCCUACCAAUGCAACGUUGGAUAACUCUACCGCAGUAAAACCAGAAAACACAACCUCUUUAAAUAGUGCUAAUGUUUCAUUGAAGAAUGAAACUAUAACAACAAAUGCUACCAAUGCUACGGCAUCACCGAUACUUGGAAAUGUAUCUGCUGAGAUCACCAAUCUCACAGAAGCAUUGCAAGAAAAUACCAAUCUCACAGAAGCAUUGCAAGAAAAUACAAAUCUCACAGAAGCAUUGCAAGAAAAUACAAAUCUCACAGAAGCAUUGCAAGAAAAUACAAAUCUCACAGAAGCAUUGCAAGAAAAUACAUAUCUCACAGAGGCAUUGCAAGGGAACUCAAGUUCUGACAUGGAGAUUGAGAGAACGAACAUAACCCUGUCUGCAGAUAACCAGACCUUGGUGGAAGGAUCUGAGAAGAAACUCAUCAAAGUGGAUGAGUUCUCUCUCUCUGAACCUCUCCCUGACUUAACCACCAACAGCGUCAACAAUUCACAAGACAGCAAUGUUGAGAAUAACACAGCAGCUUUUCAUGCUAACGUUUCAGCAGAUGGGACGAACCAUUCAUCGCCCAUUCCAAUGAUUGACGUGGAAGAGGUUGAAAUCAAAGGCACAGAAAGUCACAACUUUACCUUUUUAAUGUUGGAAUUGGAAAACAACAAAACCAGUGAUAAUGACUCUCAGAUCUUAGAGGAUGGACUUCAGAUGAAUACUUCUGAAAAUGUCAAUACAUCAUCCAACGUCAGCCUUGGAAACCUCACGCACACUUUGGAGGAAACCUUGUCUUCACAGAAUCUUACCGAGGAUUCACAAAGAUUGAAUUCCUCACUGGAUGAUAGGAGCAACGUUACAACUCUUCUGAACAAGUUCAACCAAACAUCUUCAUCCUCAGAGAGUUCCUCCAAUGACACUGUGUCUCAAGGUAACCUGACUCUCUCCAGAAAUGACACUUCUGAUGAUUUCAGUUCUUUUGAAAGCGAUGAAGAGAUCGUCAUCUACCUCAGAGAAAAUGAGAAAAAGAUGAUCAAAACCAAAACCGUCAAGACUCAGGAGUACAACUGGACUUAUGACGGGACUCACCAAGAGGUGGCGAUGGAGAUCCCUGAUGAGAUGAUGAAGUAUCUCGGUAAAGAGAUUCCUCAAACAACACCGGCGCCGAAAAAGACCAAGAGGGUAAACCUCCGUCAGAAGCCUCUGAAGGGCCAAGGCAUGAAGACGAGGAGGAAGAAGGAAUACAAGGCUCAGGCGAGAAGUGGUUUACCGUUCUCUCCUCGAGGAUUCAACCCAGGCAUGUCUCCAAGAGGGGCGCGACCCAGUUCACCGCAGCUUGUGUCUGACGAGGAAGAGCUCAUCAACACGCCUGUUGUCAUCGGGGUACCCCGGCCGGACUUCAGCGACUACGAGCUUUAUAUUCCUGGGGAUGAACCGGACCACCUGGACCGGGAUUCAGAUGUGACAGAAAAUGAAUAUGAGUAUGUGAUCUACAAAGACCCCUACAGUGAACACACAGACAUCAAGAAUAUGAACCUGGACGAGACCGCCAAAUACUACCUGAAGUUCUCAGGUCAGGCGGUUAAGACUUAUUUCAUCGCUGCAGAGGAGGUGGACUGGGACUACGCCGGCUACGGACAGAGGAGGCAGGAUAAGUCACAUCCGCAAAGCAGAGAGACCAAAUUCACCAAGGUGGUGUUCAGAGGCUACAUGGACAACACCUUCAGGACGCCGGAGAUCAGAGGAGAGAUGAACGAGCAUCUGGGGAUCCUUGGACCCGUCAUCAAAGCUGAAGUUGGACAAAGCAUCAUGGUGGUGUUCAAGAACAAUGCCAAUCGCCCGUUCUCCUUACAUCCAAACGGAGUCUUUUACACCAAGCAGACAGAGGGACUGGCCUACGAGGACGGCUCCAAGUACUGGUAUCAGUAUGACAAUGAGGUGAAGCCCAACACCACCUUCACGUAUAUUUGGAAGGUCAGUCCAAUGGUGGGACCAACUGAAGGAGAGUCUCACUGUCGGACCUGGGCGUACUACUCUGGAGUCAAUCCCGAAAAAGACAUCAACUCUGGUUUGAUCGGGCCUCUGCUGGUGUGUCGAGAGGGAACCCUGAAAGAAAAGAAGACAGACACGAGGGAGUUCAUGCUGCUCUUCAUGACCUUUGAUGAAUCCCAGAGCUGGUACUACGAGGAGAACCGCGAGCUGAUUCAGAGGAAGAGCCGACGGAGAUCCAUGGACCCCAACUUCAGGGAGAACCUCAAGUUCCACUCUAUCAACGGCAUCACCUUCAACCUGAAAGGCCUGAGGAUGUACACCAACCAGCUGGUGACCUGGCACCUGAUCAACAUGGGUUCACCCAGAGACUACCAGAGCGUCCACUUCCACGGACAGACUUUCCUCUACAAGAAGACCACCAGCUACAGACAGGCCAUCUACCCGCUGCUGCCUGGAAGUUUUGCUACCCUCGAGAUGUAUCCAUCCAAACCCGGUCUGUGGCAGCUCGAGACAGAAGUGGGUUUUAACCAACAGAAGGGCAUGCAGACUCUCUUCCUCGUCCUGGAUAAUGAGUGCUACCGUCCGCUGGGUUUGGAGUCCUGCAGCGUGAAAGACGACCAGUUCACAGCAACCAACACCAGAGGGUACUGGGAGCCACAUCUCGCAAGACUGAACAACCCCGGUAAAUACAACGCCUGGAGCACAGGGCAGAACUACAGCUGGGUUCAGGUGGACUUCCAGCGUCCGGUCGUGAUCAGUCAGGUAGCCACUCAAGGAGCCAAGCAGCUCUUCCACUCCCAGUUUGUGACCAAGUACUACAUCUCCUACAGCACCGACCGCAGGAACUGGAUCUUCUAUAAGGGGGACAGCAGAGACUUCAGGAAGGCGUUCCCAGGGAACCAGGAGGCCUACGAGAUAAAUAAGAACGUCUUCUUCCCUCCUCUGAUUGGACGGUUCAUCAGGUUCCAUCCUGUUGAAUGGUACGGCAUGGCUACAGUCCGCAUGGAGUUCUACGGCUGUGAGCUCGACGGCUGCUCGGUUCCUCUGGGGAUGGAGACUGGACUGAUUGAAGACCGUCGGAUCACAGCCAGCUCCACAGCCUCCAGCUGGUACUCUGGACCCUGGCAGCCCGGGCUGGCUCGCCUCAACAAACAGGGCACCAUCAACGCAUGGCAGGCUAAGUACAGCGACAUGAACCAGUGGCUUCAGGUGGAGCUGCCCCAAGUUAAAAAGAUCACAGGGAUCAUAACGCAGGGAGCCAAGUCUCUGGGUAAGGAGAUGUACGUCCUCUCAUACGCCCUGAUGUACAGCGACAACGGGAUCCACUGGAACAAGUACACGGACGACGAGAACAUCUCCUCCAAGACAUUCAGGGGGAACACGGAUAACAACGACCACGUGAAGAACUACAUCUACCCUCCCAUUUUCUCACGCUUCAUCAGGAUCGUUCCGAUGAGCUGGAUGGGCUCCAUCACCAUGAGGAUAGAGCUGCUGGGCUGUGACUUUGAGUGAUACACUUACAAAUCUACACACUCACACACACACAUUCACAAUUAAGACAACUCAGAGGGGUGUACUACUUACCUGCAGGUUUCCACCUAUCAAUCAAUCAAUCUUAAUUUAUACAGCGCCAAAUCACAACAUCUGACACUCUUUCCAAACAGAGCCGGUCUAG